AUGUCUUUUCGUGGCGCGCUCGGCGAGCGGCCGCGCUCGGCAGUGCUCCUGCUGCUGCUGACGUCGGCGAGCGGCGCUCCAGUGAGCGGGUCCGACAGCGCGGCUCGCCAGGAGGCCAUCGACAGCCUCGUGGCUCGCUCGUCGCUCGUCGAGCUGCAGAUCUCUGGCUCGCGCACCGGCCUCGUCUAUCGCGUCGGCGUGGAAGGCUGCUUGCCGCUGCGGCAGAGCGGCCCGCCGCGCACCCUCUACCUCGUCGCGUGGUCUCUCGGCCAUACUAUCCUGCCGUCCCGCAUCCAGCUCCACCCUCCGAUCGGCAGGGAGCAAUUCACUGGGGCUGCUCCGCUGAUGCGCUCGAUGGCGCUCGCGGCCGACGCGGGCGCGUGGCGGAACGGCAUAUCUGCGACGCAGAAGGAGGGUAAGGUGAAGGCGCGCUCGGAUCAUCUGCUCGACGAGGCGGCGUGGCGCACGUUCCCCCACGCCGCCAAGCUGCUCGCGCGGUGGGUUGACGGAGCGCUCGAGCCGCUGCCCGCCGGCGUGCAGCUGCUCCGCGCCGAGGGCUACCCGCGCGGCAACCUGAUCGACGGUCCCCCCGUGGAGUACAAGGACCUCGUGCUGCUGCUCGACGACGUUGGUGUCUACUCGCUGCUCGUCGGCACCGUCUCGCGGCUCCUCGACCGGCUGACGGAUCGUCGGUCGGCGGUCGGCGAGCAAGCGGUCUACGCAGUGUCGGCAGAGCUAAAAGUCGAGGUGCUCGCGCUCUUCGACCCCGAGCUGGAGCUCGGGCGCCGAGCGCGGGAGGUGUACGACGCAUUUCUCCGCGCGCCCGACGACAUCGAGUCCAGCCCCGAGUCCCCGCUCGGCUCUCCACUCACCGACGGUACGCGGGCGGCGCAGGACCGCACGCUUUUGCGGCGGCUAGAGCAGCAGACGGACGACGGCAUGGCGGCGGUGGACGAGACCGAGAUCCUCUCCGAGACCCUCGACGAUGGAGAGGAGGACGGCGAGGAUGAAUGUGACCAGUCCGCCGGGGAGGCGGCUGGGCUGCUGAUACUCGGGUCGGGAGAGUGCGAGGACGACCAGGGUAGCGAGCCUCCUUCGGGAGGGGACGCUGACGUGGAGGCAGACGCCGCAUUUGCGCACGCCAGCGAAGAGUCCGCCGAGCUUUAA